AUAUCCGCCUGGGCGUCACGCUUCGUGGGGCGGGACGAGGAGAAGCCAAACAUAAAGACACCAGGAGUUUCUCGGCCCCAGGUCUGGCUGCCGCCGGGGAGCUCCAAGCCUUGGCGGGUUCUUGCAGCGAAUAGGAGUCUGGGCAGGCGUCAGGCUAGUCCAACGGAGAGUGGGUAGGUGGAAGCUCUCCAAAGAGCGGUGGUAGUUCGGGAGCCGUCUUAGUUGGCCGCGCCCCGGGCGCAUGCGCGGGGCGGGCGGCACGGCUUGGGCCGCUAGUUCGUUCCGGCCCGGGGCGCUGCGUGCCUCCGUACGGCGCCGCGAAGGGUCUCGGCCGCAGAGGCGCAGGCGAGACUUCGGAACCGUGUCCUGAGCGCGCUCCGUGCGCCCGGCGCGAGAGAAUUUCAAGAUUGUGGAGUUGGACUGAAUGCUGCACAGUUCAAACAGCUGCUUAUUUCGGCCGUGAAGGACCUGUUUGGGGAGGUUGAUGCUGCCCUACCUUUGGACAUCCUAACCUAUGAAGAGAAGACCUUGUCGGCCAUCUUGAGAAUAUGUAGCAGUGGUCUUGUCAAAUUGUGGAGCUCUUUGACCCUGUUAGGAUCCUAUAAAGGCAAAAAAUGUGCUUUCCGGGUGAUUCAGGUUUCUCCAUUUCUCCUUGCAUUAUCUGGUAAUAGUAGGGAACUAGUAUUGGAUUGAAUGAAUAGUCUUCCAUUUCGGAAACAUUUCUCCACUCUCAUAUUUAUUUUUUUGGUGCCUGCAUGUUUGAAGACUGAAGCAGGCUAAAAGCUCUUGAUGAAAUUUGUGGAUGCUGAAGAUGUUCCCACUAAUUUCCAGCCAUCGCUUUUGGUGGGGUGGGCUUCGGAGGACAGUCUGCCUGAACCUGCCAGUGCUGACCCUGCAGCACUUUCAGCAUAUGCACAUUAAAGUUGGAGACCGCGCUGAACUUAGGAGGGCCUUCACACAGACAGAUGUGGCUACCUUCUCAGAAUUAACGGGGGAUGUCAAUCCUUUGCAUUUAAAUGAAGACUUUGCAAAACACACCAAGUUUGGAAAUACAAUUGUACAUGGAGUUUUGAUCAACGGACUUAUCUCAGCUCUCCUGGGAACUAAAAUGCCAGGGCCAGGUUGUGUAUUUCUUUCCCAGGAAAUUAGCUUUCCAGCCCCUUUAUAUAUUGGAGAAGUUGUUUUAGCUUCUGCAGAAGUGAAAAAGCUGAAGCGGUUCAUUGCUAUUAUUGCAGUGUCAUGUUCUGUAAUAGAAAGUAAAAAGACUGUUAUGGAAGGCUGGGUUAAAGUUAUGGUUCCAGAAGCUCCCAAAUCCUGAAAUAUGUGUUUAAAGAUGUAACCUCAAACAGCAAUGCUGUAGUUAAAGAGCCUCUGGGGAAAUGGAUUGCUGCUUUUCACCAAAGAAUGGUUGAUAGGCCCAGAAGCCCAUCUUAGUUAGGGGAAGGGAGCAGGUAUAGGGUUGUUCAAAUGCCCACUUUCCGGUUUGGCCUUAUGCUUCAUGCAGACUUGAGCGUAUGCAGGAUUUUCAUUAUCUGCCUGGCUUUUUUGUUUUUUGCUUUUUAAUUCAAGAAGUGGGCUGGGCCCGGUGGCUAAUGCCUAUAAUCCUGGCACUUUGGGAGGCUGCGGCAGGUGGACCACUUGAGGUCAGGAGUCCAAGACCAGCCUGACCAACAUGGUAAAACCCCAUCACUAC